AGAAUCUUGUGCUUCUCCCAUCUCAUCAUCUCAGCUACUCUCUCUGCAGCUUCGCGAACGUAGGCCAUGUCGAACCACGACCCAUGUCCAGACGAGCCUCCGCGCCUGGACGCGCUCCCACCUGAGAUCCUCGAGGUCGUCUUCAGCUUUCUCCCGCGCAAGGACCUGGCAACUGUACUUGGCGUCAACACGCGCCUCCUCACGACAGCCUACCCGCUUCUGUACCGGCACUUGGUGCUCCACGCGCGCUUCCCCUCUCUCAGAGGAGGAAUACGCGGCCUCUCACCGCUCGACCACAUCCACUCUCUUCACCUAGGGCAGCACGACCCGUCCACCUGCGCCGCCGCGCUCUCCACCCUCGACACGACGCCCGGCACCUCCCACGUCCUCCCCCUCCUCUCCCUUCCGGCCACAGCACACCCAAAUGUGCGCGACACAUGCCCGCUCGCCUCGCAACGCAUGCACACGCUAGUCAUCCGCGCCGCGCCCCUCCUCUACGUCCGCGUAACCUACACAUUCCACGCGGUGCGCGUGCCCCGCGCCAUCGUGGUGUUCACGCCCGACUCGGCCGUCGUCGGCACGAAUUUCAAGUACGAGGUGGCGCCGGACGGGCCGAACGGCUUCCUCCGCCGCUUCCCGAAUGCGCGUGUUGUCGUGUGGGUGUUCGCGGCGCGCUGCUGGCGCCCGAGCCCGCGCCCGCGGAACACUGAGCCGAGGGCGCACUCUCGCGACGAAGCGGAAGAGGAUGGACAGGUAGAGGGAGAGGGGGGCGCAGAGGAGGGGGAGAAGAAAAGAGAGGCAAAGAGACGCAUGGAGGAGCGCAGGGAGCACGCGUACCUCGCCCGCACGUGGGUCGGGCGUCUCCUCUCCCCGGCCGUGUUUGGUGCGCUCAAGCGCCGAUGCCCCGCUGUCCGCGAGCUGGUGCUCGUCAACGUCGAGGCGCUGGAUCCUAUUGCGGUCGUCGAGGCGGAUUUGGGGCCGGAGCAUGUUGGGCGCGUGGUGCGCAGAUGGGUGGCGCACACCUUGCGAGGCAUGGAGGGGUGGUCUUACGAGGAACGCGGGGAUCACAACAGUUAUGGGGUGGUGGUGGAGGAGGGAGUAGAGCAAGGACAGAAAGGACAGCAACGACUAGACGCGGACGACGUCAAGAUGCGCUGCGUGACGCUGGAGGAGUUUACGUACGAAGAGCGGAUGCGCGGGACUGCUGAGGGGGGUGUGCGGCGCGAGGAGAUCGAGAGCUGGUUCGAGGAGGAGUGAGGAGGUGGUUAUUGUAGAAUAGUACGGCUGGGUUGUCGGGUUAGUGUAUUGACAUGCAUCGCUUCUGAU